AAUCCAAUCUAGCAGCGAUGCCAGAGUUCAAAACUCGACGUGCCAUCAUCGCGAAAGGUUGACUAAAUUUUAUUUGUAUUUUUAUCAUUGGUGACCCGCGAUAACGGUGCCAGCUGUUCAAACGUGAAAGUUCGAAGAAUUUUAUAAAAACUGAAAAUGUUGAAGCGUUUGGCGGUAGUGUCGGUGUUGUUUGUGGCGGUGACAAUGGCGCAGCGAUCACCGUACGCUGGAAAUCCGAAUCGUCCGUAUCCCGAGGUACUUCCGCAAUACCUUACCCCGGAUUCGAACAAUAUCGAGUCGAGCCCGGGUGUGGCUCAACGUUUCGGUGAAACCGGUGCAUCCAGCACCGGUGGAGCUCAAUCACAAAAUUACCAACCCUACGAUCCUUACACGGACCAGGAAUUGAUUGAUCGCAUAAAAACGUGGCCGAAAGAGAAGCAACCUUUUUGGUACGUUAAUCGCGAGGCGAUAAAGGCCGCGCAGAGAGGAUCUGGAAGCACGAAUAAUUCGCCGCUGUCAACGACAACGGUACAGCAGAGAGGAUCGUUCGCUGGCCGGGCAUGAAAAACAAAAAAAAAGAUGAAGGAACAUGAAUAAUGAGCAAAACAACCCUGUACUUGUGUAUAUGCGACGUGGAUGAGAAUAUUUUUUACAACGUAAAUUAAAUUUACGCCCAAUAUGCACGUGGCCGCGACACACUGAAUCCGUUAUACGAGUUUUAUGAAUACAUACUAGUCAAUUAUUUCAACGAAAGUACUUAAUGUAUUUUGAGAAAAAAAAACUAUUAUUGACGUGAAAA